GGCACAAGCAGUGCUCUCCAGACUUUGCUGAGGAGACUCGGAAACGGGAUGGAAGAUUUGUUGCCGAAUGCAAGCGGUCGAGCAAGGAUGAAGGAAUUGCUUUCCUAUCUGAAGGAUCAUGGGAACGAUGUGAAGCAAAUGGAGGCUUUGACAGAAAUUUGCGAGGUCUUGUCUAUGGGGCAAGAAGAUAUUCUCAUCGGCUUCAAUGUGGACUCAUUUUUACCGGUUCUUGUUGAAUUGCUCAAUGCGGAGCACAACCCAGAGAUCAUGCUUCUCUCGUGCAGAGCUAUUACACAUAUGCUUGAAGUGCUCCCUAAGUCCGCAGCGAAGGUUGUCACUUCUGGGGCAGUUCCUAUCUUUUGUCAGAGGCUCCUGAACAUUGAAUUUAUCGAUGUUGCCGAACAGUCAUUGUUGGCAAUUCACAAAUUAUCUAUCGAGCACCCAGAGCCGAUAAUGAAAGCAAAUGGUUUGUCAGCUGUGUUAACUUUCAUCGAUUUUUUCGAUAUCAAUACUCAAAGAACAGCAGUGAUGACUGCCGCGAAUAUUUGUCGUAAUAUGUCUGGAGACAGUUUUGUGUAUGUCUCAGACAUGCUCCAGAAUCUUACUUUCCUCCUCUCUAAUUCGGAUCAAAAAAUUGUUGAGAGCUCUUGUAUUUGCUUUUCCCGGCUUGUUGAUUCGUUUGCAAAAUCCUCAGUGCAGCUGGAGCAAAUUUCCUCGUACGGAGCACUGCUUCGGCUCUUAUCUCUGCUGAGACCCGGCGACCGUGAAAGCAGAGGCCUGACCACUGGUACUUAUACCUUGGUCGUUAAGACGCUCGCCAUAUGCUGCCGGGGAUCAUCGAGUAUCGCAAUAUCGUUGCUGAAAGAAAACAUUGUUCAAACUGUGUUCCACAUUAUACGAAAGGAGGAUGAAAAGCUGGGAGGGAAUGCCUUGAUCACUGCAGUCGCAGUGCAUCGACCGAUGGAGCAAUUGCUGCACACAUUGAUGCUUGCGAAUGAGGUGUUGCCACCGCUGAGGACGGAUGACCGGGUAACUCAGUUUGUGCGUGACAUCUCGCAUGGUACGGAUAUGACUCAAGACCUGUACGGGGUCGAAGGCUCACUCUCACAAUUGAACAACUUUGUUGAACUGAAUCCAGGAGUCCUUGUGGAGUAUUCCGAGCUCUUAUAUCCAAUUCUUGUAGAUAUUUCUGUAACGAUUGUAAAUGACGCAAUGAGGAUUACAUGUCUCUCGGCUGUUGCAAAACUUUUGGCCAGUUUGCAGAGAGAUGAGUUGUACAAAGUUGUAAAUGGUUCACAGCUUCUCGGUUACAUCUCAGGAUUCAUCGCUACAGGAAGACCUGCAAUUGCUGGUUUGGCUCUUAUUGUUGCUGAGAUGCUCUUAGAGAAGCUCCCGGAAAAGCUUGCUCCUCACUUUGCCAGGGAAGGAGUUGUACAUGAAGUUAAUCGACUAUGCUCGAAAGAAUUGGCAGUCCCCGACACAGCUAUGGAUGCCCUUCUUGAUCAUGCCCGGCACUUUCAAGCGACGCAACUACAUACGGGAUCGGCAGCGGCGGCAUGUGCCAGCAGCGAUAUGCAGCUAGCAAAGGCUUCACAGGUAGCCAAGAGACUGGAUGCAGGCGAGAUAGAAGUCUUGAAGGAUCUGAGAGAUUUGUUUUCUUGCGCAAGAGAGACUCCGUCAUGUUAUCAGAUCCUUACAAGUGGGCUAGCUUCAAGCUUGCUUUUAUGGCUGCAGCAAAGAGUCCCAGGACGCUUAGUGGCAUUCGUCAAGACGUUCUGCAUGAAGAAUUCCGAAGACGAAGAUGCUCCGCUGCAGCUUCUUGUCUCAAAGUUCAACGAGUCUCUGAGUCUGGCGGAAUCUUUUCCUAUAAUUAUGAGUGACGCUACGGGCGACAUAACGGCUGGCAUCAAGUUGCUUGCGCAGCCUUUGAAGAUUCGGCUUGUGAGAGAUGCGGGAGAGUCUGGCAUCGCAGACUACGGAAACAACGUCGUUCUCAUUGAGCCAUUGGCAACCAUUAAGGCUGUCCACGACUUCCUCUGGCCAAAGGUUAGCCAGGGAUCUGAGGAAGCUGAGCACUCGUCCCCUGCCAUGGGCGCCGCUGGGUUUGAUGAUCGUUCGGAAGAGAGACGAUUGCUGGAUCACGAAGAUGAAAUCGACGAGGACGAGGACGAGGACGAGGACGAGCCGCCUGCUGAUAUCACUCGACCUACUCCAGCUCGUCCAAACCAGCAGGGCGGGGAAGUAGCUGCUAAUGGAGACAAAGUGCAAGCGCUUUCAUUCUUUACCAAUGGGCGUCAGACGUCGGAGUUUGUGAACGUGAAGCUAUCGUGGAAGCUCAUGCGACAACUGCAAGACCCUCUGAUGCUAUGCACAAGCUCCCUGCCUAGUUGGUGUUCGGACCUGGUGAGGUCUUGCUCCCUCAAGAUGCUUGUCCUCACUUGCACAGCCUUUGGCAUUUCACGGGCGUUGCACUCGCUGCAGCAGAGGGUGCAAGGAAGCUCUUCCUCCGAUCGCCCUAGCGAGCUGACGAGACGCGUCAAGGUGCGAAUCAGUAGAAUCCAACGGGAGAAGAUUCGGGUGAGCCGCGCUCGCGUGCUCCCUUCUGCCAUGCGAGCGUUGGAGUUGUACGCCUCCCACAGGUCCAUCUUGGAGGUGGAGUACUUCGGGGAGGCGGGAACAGGUCUCGGGCCCACACUCGAGUUCUUCACUCUCGUUGCUCAAGCGCUUCAGAACUCCAAGUUGGGGCUAUGGAGGGACAGCAGCUCGACGAGAGAGCGAGAGGGCGAGGAGCCUCUCCCAUCCCCUGACGAUGUGAGCAAGACCCCCGAGGCGGAAGAAGGAGUGGACGAGGUCUCGCAAGCCCAGCAGGUUCACACCUACGUGGUCGCACCCUACGGCCUCUUCCCAGCUCCUCUACAGCCAGCCAACGAAAGCGCGACGCUUCCCUGCUUCCUCUUCCUCGGGCGUCUGAUGGGGAAGGCGCUGCUUGACCAGAGAAACCUCGACCUGCCCCUGUCGCCAGCGUUCUUCAAGAAGAUGGUCGGUCAGGAAUUAACGUUCCAAGACCUGGCUCUCAUCGACCCAAAGCUGUAUCAAACCCUCAUGAAGAUGAAGGAGGCGAUCAAGCAGCGGGAGACGAACCCCUCGUCGGAGAUGACGAUCGAUGCCUGCCGCAUAGAGGAUCUCUGCCUCGAUAUGACCUGCCCGGGCUACCCUGACGUCCUUCUACACCCCGAGGGCAACAACGUUUCCGUGACGGAUGCGAACCUGCACGAAUACGUGGAGGCUGUGGUGCAGAAGGUGAUGGGCGAGGGAGUGGAAAAGCAGUUCGAGCAGUUCAAGAAGGGCUUCGAUGAGGUUUUUCCGAUGCGGCACCUGCGAGUUUUCAGCCCUGAGGAGCUCGAGCUGCACGUGCGAGGCGACCAGGAGCGAUGGGACGCCGAGACCCUCCGAGCCUCCAUCCAACCCGACCAUGGCUACUCCGAGGCAAGCUUGCCUGUCUUAUGGCUCAUCAACGUCAUGUCCACCAUGGACAAGUCCGAGCGCCGUCUACUCAUGCGUCCGACUCUUCCAGCGGGAGGUCUGCGGCGCCUGACCCCACGGCUGACGGUUGUGAGGAAGGAAGCGGAGGCGCCUCUGACAGCAGACGACUACCUGCCGUCAGUCAUGACGUGUGCCAACUACCUGAAGCUGCCGGAGUACUCGAGCGAAGAGGUGCUGAGGAAGCAGUUGUUCACAGCGAUGCGAGAGGGUCAACUCUGCUUCCUGCUGUCUUGA